CCAUUUAGCAUUAUUGAAGUUAAUUUUAACAGCUGCCAUUUUAAAGCAAAAGUUGCCUUAUUGCAUUGUCACCUGCAAUAACAUGACGUUUAUUGACUUCCAAUGUUGGGUAUGACUUGUCUUUAUUAAAAUCAAACUGUAUUUGUCGCAUGCGCCGAAUACAACAAAUGUAGACCUUACCGUGAAAUGCUUACUUACAAGCCCUUAACCAACAGUGCAGUUCAAGGAGAGUUAAGACAAUAUUUACCAAAUAGACUAAAGUAAAAAACUUAUUUUUUUAAGUAACACAAUAACAAUAACGAGGCUAUAUACAGGGGGUAGAGGUUAUUUGAGGUAAUUUGCACAUGUAGGUAGGGGUGAAGUACCGCUUGCCAUUCGGUAGCAGAGAAAUCAUUUUGCUUUAAAGUGAAAGAAGUGUCAUUCAUAUGGUCUUACUUAGCCUGUGUGUUAUUUUUAUACAUAAGUAGUUGAAGAAGAGGAAGGAAGCCACUUUAGGCGAAGAAAGUAGGGAACCAAUAAAAUACUUUCGGACAUAACGAACUUCGCUCAGAUCCUACAACGUGUGUUCGUGUACUGAACCAUCUAAACAUAACAAGACGUGGUCAUCCUUCAACACAGUACUCCCCAGCCCUUCCAUCUGGCGUUGAUGUCUUCCCCCCUGCCCUCGUUUAGACUGAAUACUGGGGCUCAGAUGCCCCUCCUGGGCCUAGGAACAUACAGGCUGCAAGGUAAGCAAAUGCACCUGAGUGUUGACGCUGCACUCGGGGAAGGGUAUCGUGCCUUUGACACUGCUGCGGUGUACGGCAAUGAAGCAGACUUGGGCCAUGCCCUGUUGGACCUGAUGCCCAAACACAACCUGACCAGAGCAGACAUCUUUCUCAUCAGUAAGCUGUCCCCAGCGGACAUGGGCUCGAAGGCCAGAGAGGGCUGUGCUCGUAGCCUGGAGAGGCUGGGGCUAGGGGGAUACAUUGACUUGUACCUCAUCCACUGGCCUGGAACUGAGGGUCUGGAACCAGAAGAUGAGAGGAAUGCACAGCAUCGAGCCCACACCUGGACUGUCAUGGAGGAGCUCCAUGCCAAUGGGAUGCUCAGAGCAAUUGGGGUCUCAAACUACUCUCCAAGGCACCUGAUAGAACUGCUGGAGACCUGCAGGGUGCGCCCUGCCGUGCUGCAGGUGGAGUUCCAUCCUAGACUGGCACAGAAGAAGCUGAGGGUCAUUUGCAGGGACUCGGGAGUCUGCUUCCAGGCGUAUUCAUCCCUGGGGAAAGGUGCCCUGUUGUCGGAACCAGAAGUUGUCGCUAUGGCGGAGGGGCAUGGCAGAACUGCCUCCCAGGUGCUCUUGAGGUGGGCCAUUCAGCAGGGUGUGGCUGUGUUACCCAGGUCCGCACAGCCCAAGAGGGUGAGAGAAAAUGGGCAGGUGUUUGACUUUGACCUGGAUGAAGGGGGAAUGGAGAGACUGUCUGACAUGGACAGUGGAAUAAGAUUCUGCAAAAGAGAUCCCACUAGUGUGGUCUAGAGGAGAGAGCCCCACAACAAUAUACUUGAUCAGUCAUAGAACAAUGUGUUAAAUGUAAUUCUGAACUACAAACGAACCUAUAAUGAAAUGUAACGUUUCAUUUACUACCAUAUUUAUGUUUAAGUCAUAGUUCCUUGAUUCUUGAACAAAUGUUAGGCCAAUCAGUUAGUUUAAAUAAAGACCUAUCCUAAUGUAUGUUAAAAUGCUUAAUAUGAAUUACUUCAACAAAGAUAUGCAAAAAAACAAUAGCCACGUUUUAAUAAGCAAUGUUCAAACAUUUAAUCUGUUACUUAACAUAAAUAUUUACAAAUAGUUAUACAGUUGUUUUUUAUGAAAAAGAUAAAAUAUAAAAAUGUUAAGCCACACACAUUUUCAAGUAGAAUCAGUUUUAACUGAUGGCAGUGGACGACUCCUACUAUUGUUUAUACAUCAGAUUGCCAUAUACACUCAUAUUUCUUCAACUGAAUGCUUAACAGUAUUCCGAAUAUUUGCAUAUAAGGCAGUUGAGACGGCUGCAUAUGGCCUGGAUUGUAAAUAUUUACAUACCGGUAUGCACACUAUACAAUUGAAAAAAUAUACUGACUAAAUUAAAGACUAUUGCAAAUGAAAGAAGAUAAUGAAAUGUAAAGCAUCUAAGUUUAAGAACAAUACCAAAAUAAACGUAGUGUAUCAGUUAAGUAUGUAUGAAGAUAAUUGAACAGCUACUUAUACGUUUUUGGCAAUAACCUGACUUGAAAUAGGUGCCUGUCCAUCUAAGUCUACGUAAAUCUACUCAUUCUAUCGCACACUGGAGUUACAUGCGCCUAUGUCAAGUCAGAAUGCACUAACGUUUUUGCAGACAAAGGCAUUUAAUAGGCUAGCAUAGGUGGGGUCUGUAUAAUAAAACGUUUUGUACAACA